AGCAUGAUGGCUACGUGCAGAUAACCUAGUAAGGUAGUAGCUUACCUACUAGGUAGUGCAUGUAAAUCUAAGACUAAGCCUCUUUGAGUCAACCAUAACUACGUCCGUGCACCCAAGUUCAUCCAGUUUGCUGCAGACCCUGAAACUUUGGAUGCAAUACCGAAUUUUAUAAAUCGAUUCAACAAUUCGAAUGUUCUGGCCAUACGCCCAUGGUGAACGCCUUGGUGGUUGGAUAAUGAGUUUUGGCUGGGACGAAUAAGCAACCGACUUUGCGAUAUUAUCUUUAUGUUUAACCUUGUUUAAACCUGACGCACAUCAAUGCGUCUAAUCAGAUGAACACUCGAUUUGAUCUCUCAUCGACACCAAUAUUGUUUCUUCAUAGCAAGGACUAGACGCCGAGGUGGCUCUCAAUCGAACCAGAGCUUUGGAUUGCUCCGAAGUUGCCUACAGAUGUUGUACAAGUGACCCUUUUAAUUGUCAUCUAUUCGCGCACUUGGAUGUACAGAUCACGCUCUCCACGGAAGAUCUACGCAUGAACUUGCUGCAUUAGGGCAUUCGUCGUGCGAAUCAAAAUGCAUCAAAUUGCUCAGCCUUGUUUAUAUCUCAAGUACUCGCAGAUUCUGCGAAUCAAAGUGUAACAUACCCGGCAAACGCGCAACAGACCGAUCCAAAUUCAGAAGUACCCGGGCCGACGAACGAGGGUUUUUUGCUUGGUCGUAAAAAAUGCCCCGAAUACUAAGGUGUUUUUUGGUGAUUGGUUGCAGUUUGCUCAAAUGUUCACUCAUUCGUCUAAAGCCUUGCUAUUCCUUGGCGCUUCAUCUCAAAUGCUGUAUCGAGACGAUGGAGCGGAGACGAAAUGUAAAGGAACGAUCCGUUGCCUUCCUUGCCGGCCAAUGGAAAACGGUUCAUUUUCUUUGACAAUCUUUCAUCAGUACUGAACAAAGUCAGGGUGAUUAAAAUGAUGUCUGUCACCAGCCAAGUUAUUCAUUCCGCCGACUUGCGAAAUGUUUAUAUAUCGGUAGGCCUCCCCCACGCCUUUCCAACAACAUCAUUGUUAAAACAAUCAAGAAAAGCUACAUCCAAAUAUCUUUAUUUUGUGUUCUCUUCUCCAGAUACUCACUCGUCUGACUUGACUUGCAUCACACUUAACACUUUUUGACUUUCAAUCGCAAUUCCCAUCGGUCUUACUGAAUCAAACCUUCUUAUCACUUGAUCACCAUGCCUCAAUCCUUGUCAUCUUCUAUGCAAGGCUACUAUGGAUCGGAGAAAAUUAUCGAUGAACUCAAGUCACAUGUUCCUGCUUCCAUCAAGCAACAACGACUCUCACAUUCGCCAUCGUACAACCUUAGCCAAUUCAAACAUGUCAACGGGACACCUCCAUUGGCUUUCCGGAAGCCAAUCCCGGUCGCUGAUCGUAUUAGCAGUGCGAAAAAUGCCAUCAAGGAUUUUGAUGGAAAGAUGAAUAAAGGCUAG